AUGAAUCUCCUCAUUUUUCCACUACAAUGGGGCUUUCUUCUUUUAACUUCUUCCUUAUUAUUGGCUUUAUCCUCAACGGUGGAAUACACUUUUAACAUUGAAAAUACAAGCAUGCAACGGUUGUGCCAUGAGGAAUCCAUAGUUGUAGUUAAUGGAAGUCUCCCUGGACCAACCAUUGAUGUAAGAGAAGGUGACACUGUCAUAGUUCAUGUACUCAACCAUUCGCCCUACAAUAUCACUAUUCAUUGGCAUGGAGUUUAUCAGCUUUUUAAUGGUUGGGCAGAUGGCACUGAAUAUGUAACUCAGUGUGGAAUUGUCCCAAGAAACAGUUAUACCUAUACGUUCAAUGUAACCGGGCAGGAGGGAACUCUCUGGUGGCAUGCUCAUUCAUUUGAUCUACGUGGCACUGUUUAUGGUGCUUUCAUAAUUCGUCCUCCACUCGGUUCAUCAUAUCCAUUUCCUCGACCAUAUCAAGAACUUCCAAUAUUAUUAGGUGAUUGGUAUAAUGGUAAUAUCGUAGACAUCGAGAUAGAAGCACUCGCUGAGGGUCAUGGUUCUAAUUAUUCAAAUGCUUACACCAUAAAUGGCUUUCCGGGUGAUCUCUACAAUUGUUCACAAAAUCAGACAUACAAGAUGAACGUGACUCAAGGAAAGACUUACUUGCUCCGAAUGAUGAAUGCUGCACUGGAUAGCCAUUUUUUCUUCAAAUUAGCAAAUCACAGCUUCACAGUGGUUGCCGUUGAUGCUUCAUACACAGUACCAUAUCACACGGAUAUCCUUGUCAUUGCCCCUGGACAAACCGUUGAUGCUCUUUUCACAGCAAACCAAUCCAACGGUUCAUACUACAUGGCUGCCUCUCCUUACAAUGUCGGUGUGCCAGCGUUUGACAAAACGACAACACGUGGCAUUGUCGUUUACGGCAAUGAUGAAAAUGAAACCACCACACCACCCGUGAUGCCAGUUUUACCAGUCGUCAACGACACAGCAACGGCUUUUACGUUUUAUAGUAACCUCACAAGCCUAGUGGGGGCCCCACAUUGGGUCCCUGUGCCACUUAACGUGGAUGAGCGAAUGUUCAUCACUGUUGGAUUGGGCUUAGAACAUUGCCCUGAGGGUGCAUCGUGUUCAGGUCCCAAUGGAGAAAAAUAUUCUGCAAGCAUGAACAACGAGUCUUUUGUGCUUCCUAAAGGAAGAAGGUCUUCCAUGUUGGAAGCUUUCUAUUACAAUAUGAGUGGCGUGUUCACUACUGAUUUUCCUGACCAUCCAGUAUGGUUUGACUUCACAAGCGAAAGUCUAAGUGAUGACGUGGCAAUCAUGUAUGCUCCCAAAUCAACCAAGGCGAAGAGACUUAAGUUCAAUUCAACGGUGGAGAUUGUAUAUCAAAAUACAGCACUUCUUUAUGAGAUAAAUCAUCCCAUGCACAUUCAUGGUUAUAGUUUCUAUGUUUUGGCUCAAGGCUUUGGAGAUUUCAAUCCUAGGCUUGAUCAAGCAAAGUAUAAUUUGAUUAAUCCUCAAAUACGCAACACAAUUGCUGUGUCUGCUGGAGGAUGGGCUGUCAUCAGAUUUCAAGCAAAUAAUCCAGGGGUAUGGUUUGUACAUUGCCAUGUGGAUGAUCACUUGGAAUGGGGACUAGACAUGACUUUUGAGGUUGAAAAUGGACCAACUCCUUCAACUUCACUCCCUCCACCACCCAUUGAUAUGCCUGAAUGCGAUAUCAGUGCCAACAUGUACAAGUGCAUGCUUGAAACCAACAACACGUCUUGUUUUCUCUAA